UUCCUAGAAGGGCGGGGGAUCCCAAACUUUGCAUUUGACAAACAGCUCUGAGAUCAGGGACAUUCAGCCUCCAGCAAAAGAUGGCGGAGCUGCCGGAUGCUCAGGUCCCCGAAUCAAAAGGACGCGAGGAUGAUUCGGACGGGAGAUUCCCAGAAGAUGCCGUGGAUGCAAAGCCAGACAGAAGCCAGAGGUGGCGGAUAUUUCCCAGUAUAAAAUCGAAAAAUGAGAAGGAUCAGCCAGAAACUCCCUCGGUUACCAGCCAGGAUAUCCGCAUCAUUUCACCUUCAUUCCGGUAUACGAUGAACUACAGGAAAGUUGGCAGGUGCAUCAUUAUCAACAACAAAAACUUCGAUGCAAACACAGGCAUGUGCGUUCGCAAUGGCACGGACAAGGAUGCCGGCGACCUGUUACACUGCUUCAGAAGCCUGGGAUUCGAUGUAACUGUUUACAACGACAAGAGCUGCGACGAGAUGGAAAGACUGCUACAAAACGUGGCUCAGCAAAACCACAGCGAGAGUGCUUGCUUCGCCUGCGUCCUCCUGAGUCACGGAGAAGAAGGGCAGAUUUACGGCACGGACGGGGCGAUGGCCAUCAAAUCCCUGACCAGCCUUUUCCGGGGCGACAAAUGUAAAAGUCUCGUCGGGAAACCCAAACUCUUUUUUAUUCAGGCUUGCAGGGGCUCGGAGUUUGACGAGGGAAUCCAGACGGACUCCGGACCGGCUAAUGACUCGCUGGAGACCGACGCCAACCCUCGAUACAAGAUCCCGGUAGAGGCAGACUUUUUAUUUGCAUAUUCCACCGUGCCAGGUUAUUAUUCCUGGAGGAACCCCGGGAAGGGCUCCUGGUUCGUUCAGGCUCUGUGCAGCGUCAUCUCCAAACACGGCAAAGAACUGGAGAUCAUGCAGAUCCUUACACGGGUCAACUACAUGGUGGCCACCAGCUUCGAGUCGUGGUCCGACGAUCCGCGCUACAGCGAGAAGAAGCAGAUACCCUGCGUGGUCUCCAUGCUGACCAAAGAACUCUAUUUCUCUGGACCGCAGAAAUGAAGAAGGUUAAACCGGUGAGGAAGUUUAAGCCGACGUGGAAUAUCCUGAAUAAACCCCAGGACCAAGUUAGGCUUAAGAUCUGACAUCAGCUGAUAAAGUGGGCCGAUGUCUCUUAUCUGCAAUCAAAACUUAUGUUUUCUGUCUCAUAUUUGUUUAUGCAUUUAUUGUUAUUUUAUUUUUUAAACACUGCCAGGACUUCUACUCCCUGAGGAUGCUGAGAGUUGGAGUCCACUGUGACUGGCAAUCCAUAUAAUGGUUCUCCA